GCCACCGGCGGCCGGCGGCUCCUGCCCCCAGGCCCGGCCGCGCGGGGCCUCGCUGCGCGCGGGCGCGGCCGCCCCCUGGCGGCGGGCGGGGGGUCUGUGGGCCGGGGCGGUUGGCCCUGGCGGAGCGCGCGGCGGCUGCAGGCGGGAGCGGGGCCGGGAGGGACAGAGGUGCCGCCGCGGUCGGAGGAGAUGGGCAAGGUUUGCGCCAUUUUUGGAGGAUCCCGAGGAAUAGGAAAAGCUGUUGCAGAAUUACUGGCAGAGAAAGGCUGCCGCCUGGCAAUUAUUGCUAGAAAUCUGGAAGUAGCCCAGAAUACUGCACGGAAUCUUGGUGCAGGACAUCUGGCACUUAGUUGUGAUGUAUCCAACGAACAAGAAGUCCAAAAUACUUUUGCGGAGAUGCAGAAGAAUUUAGGUCCUAUUAACUACUUGGUUAAUGCAGCUGGAAUCAACAGGGAUGGUUUGUUACUGAGAACCAAAACUGAAGAUAUGGUAGCCCAGAUUCACACUAACCUUUUGGGAACAAUGUUGACAUGCAAAGCUGCUGUAAAAAGCAUGAUGCAACAGCAGGGAGGUGCUAUUGUCAACAUAGGAAGUAUUGUAGGACUUAAAGGCAACUCUGGUCAAAGUGUCUACAGUGCUACCAAAGCAGGAUUAGUUGGAUUUUCAUGCUCUCUUGCUAAAGAAGUUGCAAAAAAGCAAAUUCGAGUCAACGUGGUUGCUCCAGAUAGAAAACAGAUAAGAUCACCUCUUUAUGAAUCUACGGCUUAUGUGAAGAGAAGUGCAGCAGUGGGAAAACUGAAUCUGAGCUAACUGAAAAUUGUAAAGGAAUAUCCUUCAAAAUUGUCAAGAAAUAUUCUUCAAAUGAGUGCUCUAGUAGAAAUGGUGUAAGUGGUGUCAUAAGUACUAAACUAUAAUGGAAACACUGUAGGGGUUUCUUGCCAGAGAUUUUAUACCCAUGUUUUUAUUGAGAAUGUUUUGGUGAAAUGACUGUAUUUUGUCUUUCAGAAAAACAAUACUAAAUAUGGUUUUGGGGCCCAAUUUUAGAGUUAACUUUUUUUUUUUUUUUCUUCAUAGCCCUCUACAGCUCUCUACCUUUUUUAUGAUUACGUCAGUGCUUCCAAAAUGGGAGACAUUUUAUUGGUUAGGUAAAAGUUUGUUCUUGGCUAGAAAAUGGUGUGGACUGACUUAGACUUUGAAGAAUGGUAGCUGGUGCAGAAUCCUGUAGUAAAUUUCACUUUGGAGGGUUCCAGGGAAAAGCCACUAGAGAAAUUUAGCUGAAGGUUGGGUAACUCCUCGAAUAUCUCUCCUCUCUUAGGCUUUAUUCACACAGAGAUGACUGCUCAUUUGGAAGAAGAUCAGUUGAAGAAAGCAAUUCUUCUUGGAAGGUUUGGAGAGCCUCAUGAAGUUGCACAUGCUGUUGUUUUUCUUCUAGAGUCUCCUUAUGUUACGGGGAGCACUCUAAUUGUAGAUGGAGGCUUACAGCUUCUGAGUUAAACACUACCUUGAAUAAGUACCUACUCAAAUGUCAUGAUGGUAAUGUAUAAAUAUAUAAUAAUUAAAGGGAAGGUAUGUGGAUAUUAGUUGAUGAUUGAUGUAUGUAAUUGACUUGAUGUUCCUUAGAGGAGAUACUCAGCAGCAGUGGGUUCCAGGGCAUAUGUUUAGCUACAUGAAAGAGUCCGUUUGGUAUUAUGAAGUCUGUGCAUGUAACAACUUGAAAAAGACCUGAUUUUGGUAUAGUGAUGGUUUCAAACAUGCUGAUACAUUUUUAAAGCACUAUAUUUUUAUGAAGUCAUGUUUUCUAAUUUGGGAUAGAGUGGAGAUUUUAUUUGAUUUAUGCUCAUUCGUUUAUGAUCGUGUUACACAAAGGUUAAUAAAUUGCAGAGGCAUGUUUGUUGGUUGGCAGGUAUGACUGCAUCAGGUUUUUUCAUGUAGGGUGAAGAUUGCAAACUCUGUAAUUUUUUAUUCUUGUCAGUUAGUCCCGAUGAAGUGGCAAGGAGUUUCCUCUGGUUUUUGUUUGUAGCUAACACUACAGAGCUGGAAGCUUCUGUAUCUUCUGUGUACAUGAAUUGCCUUUAGGAGAUUUAAUUUUAUGCCAUGUGUUUUUAUAAAGACAAGACGUCCUCAGUUCCAUUUUUGAAUCUAUUUACAGCACUCAUUUAAUCCAGUAGCACUUGCUUGUAUCUAUUGAAGGACUGUUGUUCAUCAGAGUUGCUAAUUUUAUAAUAUUCUGGUGAACAGCACAGUUACAGGCUUUGCUACGUAAAAGACUUUUCACUGGCUCAGCAGAUGUUUAAAAAACAUGUCUCAUUUCCAGAAUGUGAAAUCAAUGUGUAUUGCUGUAUAUCUUCUUGAAUGCUCAGUUCAACUAUGUUAUGUUGAUGCUCUUAAAUAUGUAUGUAUAGUCAAUAAAAUAGUCAUUUAUUUUAUUCAAA